AUGUCACUCACGAGCUUUUCUCCCUACAUGUUGCUUGACUAUAACAGUGAGAUUAAUGAAAUACUAAUUCCUAUUAUUCAAUCCAAGCAACAAGGAGCAUUUAUUGGUUAUGAGAAGAAGAAUGUGUCCAUCUCAGAAAUUUCAUCCCUUUUGCUGAACAUUUUUGCAAACUAUCCCAGCAAUGGUUUUAAUGAAACAAUAACAGUCUACGACUUUAUGAUGCUCUAUUUGAAUCAAGAAAGAUUUACGGAGGCCUUUGUGGAACUGUGCUACUCGUUCAUUGAUCGAUGUGAAGAGUCGUAUCAGGAAGGAGAACGGAGCUUUUCUUACUUUUUUGCUGCAGCCCUUCCGAUCUAUUUCACCGUGGCUCUCAUUUUGAUUAUUCUGUUGCGAGCACGUUAUGCAGACUUGAAAAGCAUGCUUAGAAUGUAUGAAAAACAAAUCUCCAAAGACCUUGUUGGAAAAGCAUAUCAAGGACUCGCGAAAAAGAUUACUGAAACCCAAACAUUGAAUUCCUCACAACCCUUUUGGAGAAGAGCAAAAACAUUAGUGGUGUUACGUAUUUCAUUUAUUUUCUGCAGUAUUGUAUUAUCCAUGAUGAUGAUGUUUGUAGAAUUGAAAUUGAACUCAGGACUCGGAUUUGUCACACUUAAAAGUGUUAAGAAAACGGUGAACACCUUGGUGCUUGGUCAAGCCAUUAAUUUUAGAAUGGGAGAGCUGUUUAUAUUUAAUGAGCUUUCAAAAUCUCAAUUGAACUCGAACCAACUAUUGAGCUCUCAAGACACUCUGGAACAGUAUCGAAAUUUUACUCGAUUCAAUAUAACGGAAAUGAGAGGACAUUUCAAUGAUUUAAUUUUUGGAAAAGUUGGAGAGUCUGAACCAGUGUUAGGAUCCUCGAGAAAAUUCGACGCUAUCAUUAAUGGAAACUCGUGUUCAUCAACUGGUUGCACAAAUACAAGUAUGCUCUCGAUAUUUGAUAACCUUGCAAUUUCAGUGAGCAAGUAUAACGAAGAAAUGAAUUUGAACUCGGUAUCCACACGAGAAUUACUAUUCAAAAACUUACAAAUUGACAAAUUCAUGCAAAACCUCUCUGAAGAUUUGCUCGAUUUUUUAGCCAUUUUCACACUCACAAGGGCUCAACCUUCGGUUGUGUUAUUGAUUGUCUUCUUCAUCUUUGGCUUCUUGUCAUGUACUGUUUUAUGGUAUCUCAUUUAUGGAAAUAUUACAAGUUUCCGUGAGGAGGUUCAUCACAUUCGAUUACUUCUCAAUUAUAUUGGCUUUGACUAUAUUGAUUCAAACAAAGUCUUGAAAAACUUUGUUCUUUAUAAUGAUCUUCCAGUGAAGAGGACAUUCUUAGGAAGUAGUCGAAGCAAAAUAACACCUCUUGACUCUGGAGAAGAAAUCAAGCUCAAUAGCAUUCUCAAUGCAGCUGUAGAUGGAAUCGUACUGUGCAAUGCUGAUUGUGAUAUUCAAUUAUUCAAUCCUGCUGCACAACGUAUGUUUGGAUGUCAGCAAAGUGAUGCCAUUGGAUCAUGCUUAUUCUCUUUGUUUGAUUCAAAUUCUCAAGUGGAAAAGAUCAUUCGCGACAUGAUCAAAAUAUGUAACGACUCUAAAGGUAACACAAACGGAGAAACCGUCGAAGUGGAUGCCAUACGAAAGAAUCAAACAAAAUUUCCAACUCGAAUUGAUAUUUUUACAACUUUGUUCGAUGGAAAACCAUUAGUAUCCAUCAUGAUUAAGGACAUUACUUCAGAAAAAAAGCAAAAUGCGCUUCUAGCUCAGGAAAAACAAAAAUCCGAAGCUCUUCUUAAGAAUAUACUUCCUGACAGUGUGGCCCAGCAAUUAAAAGCUGGAGAGACUUUUAUUGCAGAAAAGAUCAAUGAUAUCACGUGCUUUUUUAGUGACAUGGUAGAAUUCACUUCUUUAAGUUCAAAUCUCAAUUCCACGCAAUUAGUGAAAAUGCUCAAUACUGUGGUGAAUGGUUGUGACUUGUUGACAGAAAAACAUCAACUUGAAAAAAUCAAAACCAUUGGAGAUGCCUAUUUUUGUGUGGGUGGUAUUGGCAAUACUCAAUCAGAUCAUCCAGAAAGAACAUUACGAUUUGGAUUGGACAUUUUCACAGUAUUAAGGGAAUUUAAUUUGAAAAAUUGGCGCGAUAUUGGACGACAAAUUAACGUACGAGUUGGAAUUAAUACUGGACCAGUGGUUGGAGGAGUUAUUGGAACAAAGAAGUUCGCCUAUGAUUUGUGGGGAGAUACCAUCAAUGUUGCUUCAAGAAUGGAAUCCACUUCAUUGUCUGGAAGAAUUCAAAUAUCUCGUUCCACCUAUGAACGUGUAUGGGACAUUAUGGGUCUUUCCUAUGAAGAAAGAAAUGUUCAAGUGAAAGGAAAGGGACUUUGUACCACUUAUUUAGUCGAUGCCAAACAUCAUGUCAAUCCAAUCGUGGAAUUCGAGAAUGAAGAGGAGGUUGUUUCCUCAAAAGAUAUUCCAGUGGAUAAAACCAAUAUUUCAGAUAUUUAA